GUAAUACAUAAAUCAGCUAGUCUGCUGGCUGCCAUAUCAUUUCGUACAAUGAAUGAAUAGAACCGUGUUUGAAUUAUCGUUCUCUACCUUGCUCUUUCAGAAUCUAGUUCAACCGGUGCCCCCAUCGAGAAUUGAAAUGUUAAUUUUUCAAUGAAAAUAGAUCUUUACUUGUACAAUACCAGCGAAAGAAACAUGUACACAGGAACACCGCAAUUAUUUAUGUAAUUAACAAGGUCGGUUUAAUUAAAAUCGAAAUACGAUAAACACAUCAGGGUGAUUAACGGUGUGUUGAAAAAUAAUUUAUGCUUUCGACCAUCCCUGGUCCCAUUUUGUGGAUAAUUUGCGUUUAAUAUUUGUUUCGCGACGAUUAAACGAGUUAUCGAAUUAAUUUGCGGUAAAUAUUCUGUUACGAUAUUAAUGCAAUUUCGCGCUGGAUGGCCGAUUAUUGUUAACGCCCUCGGUUUAUCUCCCAUCGAUAUCGACGAUUUGGGUUAAUUUUUUUCGUUGACGUUUGAAACGACCAGCGAAUAGAUGAAUUAAGAAACGAGAACUUUCGAUACGAGUCAAGUUCUACUCAUACGUCUGCGUUUCUACAUCGUUAGCCAACUUUGUCGAAUGUAAUCUUUAGUAGGUGAAACGUCGAGUGGAGAAUGUUGUUUUAUGAAAAACGAAUAAGAGAUGAAACGAAAUGGCAACGUACCUGUUGAAGUCAUUCGGGAAUUCUGUUGCCAAAUGCCUCAAGCGAGCCUCGAAUUGCAACGGAUUCGGAAAUAUCAGAGCUAAUUUUCAUUCCACGCCGAGGAAUUUGCAAACAAUUUGUUCCGAUCGUCCUGCUUACAUCACGCGAUUGGCUCUGCCGCCCGACUACGACAACGUGGUGGACUUCAUGUGCGACGUGUACUAUAAAGACGAACCAACAAUCGUGAACAUGGGUCUGGCCGGCACAGAGGCUCCUCUGGUCUGGAGGAAAAUGAUGGACGAUCUAGUGAGGUGCGGAUUGUCGUUCAUCGCGGAGAAUCAUGAACAUUGCAUAAUCGGCGCUGCACUGAACUCUCCGACGACCCCGCAAGAGAUACAAAUGUUGUGCAAUUUAGCGAAAUGCUGCCAAACCGAGCCCAUUAGUAAAGUAAUCGAGUUCUAUGCAUACGUGCUGGAUUCAGCGAGGGUCUGGGAACGUUUCUGUGUCCACACCAUCUUCGAGCAGUCCAGUUUGGCUAUAAGCGAGGAGUAUCGCGGUUUAGGGAUCGCCCAGAGGCUUAUACACGAAAGUUGGAUCCUGGCGCGUGAUUGCGGUUAUCGGUUGUUUCGAAUGGACUGUAACAACAGUUACUGCGCGAGAAUAUGCCGUGGUUUCGGAUGGGAGGAAGUUUGGAGGAUACCAUUCAGCCAGUAUGUGAACAACGGUGAGGUAGUCUUCAAGUGCGUCAAGGAACCGCACACCGAUUGUCAAGUGUUCGUUGAUCGCUUGAGAUAUUGCAAAACCUUCCUUCUCCCUUAUAAGAAGUGUAAACGAGUCACGCCACCUCCGGCUUGACAGAACGUAGAAUCUAGCUACGUAUAGAAUGGUAUUAGAUCGAUUUAGUCUCAGCAUCGUCAACAAUUGAAAAUUAAUGACAAAACAUGCGCGUGUGCAAGGUUAUUGAUCGAGAUAUUGAAUUAUCGUUCGUAUGCUAUAGAAUUGAAAUUUCUGUGAAAUAUGCAAAACGUGAAAAUUAGGAUCGUACUUUUUAUAUUAGACGCAACCUUGUUGGUUACUCGAUCGAUUGCAUCACGUUUCGCAUAAUUUAGCGCCAAUCUCCGCAUUAGACAUAACGGUCUCGCCGUUAUUGCUACAAUACCUCCCUUUUUGUCAGCUGUCAGGAAAGUUGCGAGACAGAGAAUUGGAAAUCACUUUUAAACAGACCGAAACCGACGAAGAAUUUCGCGGGUUCAUCGACCGUUCGAUCUGUCGAGGCCCGCGAAAGUUCGCCAAUCGAAAGGAAAUAAAACGCGGUAACGUUCAAAUGAAAUUCGCCAUAUUUGAGUUGUAAGCCGGUCCCGACUUUUCAGCUAGAACUUCCGCUUUCCUGGACCGUAGAAUUACAAAUGUCGAUGGAGUUUCGAACCUGAAACGAAUUCCGUUACCAAGUUCCGCCGGCGAAACGGAAGUUUGACGAUCGCGAAACGUCAAUUAAACGUGGCAGGGUAACAUGUUCUAACAUCUAUGCUCCGUAUCAUAAAACAGGGUUUGUAUCAUAAAAGAAUUAUGUAACAAAUUAAAAUCUUUAGAAUAAAUUAAAUUUCGAAAGGAAA